AUGACCUCGAAUAGCGACGGUUCGGAUACCUGUUUAGUUGAAGAGCCAACUCCAGGCAGUGUUGAAGCUAAUCAUCCAAGCAAAUCAGUACAUCAGCUUUCAACGUCGUUGCCACAACAACAACAACAUCAUCAUGGCGAUGAAGAUGAAAACGAUGUCGAGGAUGACGACGAUGACGACAAGUUCAGCACGGGAACCUCGACUCCCACCCCGAGCAUAACCAGAUUUCAGGUGAAUAGCGGCACGCGCACGUCUACGAGGCAGAAGUUGCCGAUUAAGUACAUCGAAAACAAGACCCGAAGACACGUUACCUUCUCGAAGAGGCGGCACGGGAUCAUGAAAAAAGCUUAUGAGCUUUCCGUUUUAACGGGCGCCAACAUCUUAUUGCUGAUUCUUGGGAACUCUGGUCUGGUUUAUACUUUCACCACUCCAAAGCUCGAACCAGUGAUACGGGAAGACGAGGGCAAGAACCUCAUCAGAGCGUGUAUCAACGCCACAGACGCUCCUGGCGCUCCCGAUAUUUCACCGGCACAAGAACAAUCUCCGACCAAGUGA